AUGGUUUUCGGAUUAGGUAAAAAGGACGACGAUGACGAUAGGAAGUACGGGAAUGACGAUUCCAAGUACGGGUCACUGACCACCGGCGACUCAUACGGGAACACUGACACUUAUGGUUCGUCCAAUAAGGGAUCAUACGGUAACGACGAUUCAAACUAUGGUUCUUCUAAUAAGCAAAGCUAUGGCUCGUCUAAUAAGGGAUCAUAUGGUAAUGAUGACUCAAACUACGGCUCCUCCAACAAGGGAUCAUACGGUAACGACGAUUCCAAUUAUGGUUCCUCUAACAAGGGGGGAGACUCCUACGGCGGCUCAUCAGGCAACACUUAUGGUGGUUCAUCCGGUAACGACGAUUCAAACUACGGUUCAAGCACUAAAAAGAGCGGCUAUGGCAACGACGACUCGUACGGUUCAUCGGGCCGUGGCCAGGACACCUACGGCUCGUCCAAUAAGCAGAGCUACGGCACCGGCGAUGACAGCUAUGGCUCAUCGACUUCCAACAGAAGAGGCGGCAACACUUAUGGUGGCGACGAUAACGACGAUUCAAACUAUGGCUCGUCCGGCAGAUCGGGUAAUACUUAUGGCGGCAGCAGCAACAGCGAUGACAAUUACGGAUCUAGAAGAGGCAAUGAUUCUUCCGAUUACUAA